UCGCUUUCCGCACGGAAGAUGGUGCCGAUCUUGCCGACGGAAACUCUCUCUCUCUCUCUCUAGUUUUCCCUCGCCAGCAGCUUAUCAGUACCACGCCAAUUGACGUCGGUCACUGUUGACAUCGGUGGUCAGCUGUAGCGUGGUCGUCUAGCGGAAAAGGCGAAGCUGCCGCGCGUUCGAUCCGCCGUCGUGUCGGUUCACAGUCGGGACGAAGAUUCCUCCGGAGACCGCGAAGAGUCUGCGUGCGUGUCAGCCCUUUGCAUCCCACCUCUCCCCGGUGCCGAGUAAAAACGACUCCGAUAACUCGGAGGCAGCGUCCCUCGCCGAUCGAUUUUGAUCAAAUGCCAAAUACCGACCGCUUCUUCUCCCUCGCAUCGUGUUCGCAGGCUCUCCCGAUGGUCGCUCGAUCUUCGGGUUUUGAGUAAGUAAGGUUAGAGCGACCGCCAGGUAACAUCUGUGUGACAUCGUCGCGGCGUAAUAACCGAGGAAACAGGCCGGGGCACGUUCGUCGACUCGAGGAUGGACUCGAUCCUCGACGGUGAUGUGUGGUAGGAUGAGCCGCGGCUGUCGCUAUUGGAGAAACGAUACGCCUUCUGAAUCUCGGUAGAAAGACUGAACAAGUCCCCGUCGGUCGGGCACGCGAAUUCUCAGGUGUGUUUAAUGUCAACGUAACACCCGCGAACAAUGGACGGAGAAGAUUCUCUGGACCCGCAGGAGCUGCAGGAAACCCUCCAGACGUACAGAAAGCUUGCGAAUGAUCUUGCGAAUCAUGAUACCAUCCUGAAGGACAAAACGGUUCUAUCGUACGUAGCGUAUGUUUUGGAAGUACCUGAUAUAGAUGUUGUUAAUUUAGCUUUAGACAUUCUGGAGAUAUUUGUCAAGAAUGUCGAUAAUUACAUACACAUAACCUCGACCUUUGGUGUGCGCGAAUCACUGGAAGCGACCAUAAACAAAUAUAGUCUGAGCGAGCCGAAGAUAUCAAAUCGAGCGCAAAACAUCAAAGACGACAUAGAACGUAUGAAACCACCAAUAUAUAACUUGCGCAGCCGAUGCAGGCGAGUCAUAGAACCGAAAAAGCUGAAGACACACAUGAUAGUCCUGCAUGUUCAAGGUUUGCUACCGGAAACCCGUGCCGAAUUGGAAGCGACUUUAAUCAGAAUCGACGGCCUCGUCUCGCUCGUCGUCGAUGUGGAGCAUCAGCGUGUAACAAUGCGUACGUUGAACUACGUCACGGCUAAGCAAAUCGCGGAAGCGAUCGACAAGAACACGGACAACAUGAAGGCGAGACUGGUUACGAGAAAUAAAUUCAAUCAGGAGUUUCUCGUGAAGCUGGUGCAAUCUGGCGACAGUAGCGACGGCGAUGAAAUGCCCGAUUAUUUGCCCGAGGAGGAGGAGCAAGAGGACGAUAAGGAAGGAGUCGUGUCGCUGUUUACCGGCUUAAAGCAAAGCGCUUCAUCCUUAUACAAAUCUACCGCCGAGUUUCUGAGUAAUUCAUUUUACUGGUAGAAUUUACGGCUGUAAACGCGGGAAAAUGUUGAUCAUAACUUUAUUUAUUCGGAAUUAAUUGUUCGUUCACCCCCCCGAAAGAUGGCAAUGGCAGUCCAUGUGUGUAGAUACAUUCUUAAUAUAUAUAUACAUAUAUAUAUAUAUAUUAAGAGGAAAUCUUGUUAAAUAAUUUACAAUUGCUGAUCUUGAUCAAUCGAUUAUUAUUAAUAUGAUCAGUUAAGAAUCUCUUUCCCGUACUUCUAUCAACGUUUAUGGUUGACGAUAAUUAAAGUAGGGCAAACAAAUUAGUCAAUUUUUACAGUUUGUAUCCAAUGCCUUGUACUCGAUAGAGAGAAUUAAUAUGUACAAACGUAUCUCUAAGUUCUUAUACAUCUAUUUGUAAAAAAGGUAUGUUUUGCGUAUGUUUGUAUAAAGUCGGUCUUAUUUUUUUUGUAUCUUACCAACCAUACCUGCUUCAACUCGCGACUUAAUUAAAAGUAAUCGAUUUCUCAUCGAAUGUAUGUCUCGAUGCUACAUGUACUAUAAAGUUGAUUAACGGAAUUCUAUUCGUAUAAAUGAGAUUUUUCAUUGUAGAAGCUUGUAAUGUGUAAAGAUAUGUCAUAGCUUAGGUGUGGAUGUUUAUAUAUAUAUAUAUAUGAGCGUUCUCUUGCAAAACAGGUUAUUCGCAAUCGGACGAAGCAUGAAAGAAUUCCAAUGUUUGAUUCGACAAUGUCAGUUAUUUCUCUGAAUAUUCGCAAGCUCGCUUGUGUACCAUACUUGCUUUUAAUAUUGUCGUUAUGCUCGAUCAUAUUUAGGUAACUCGAAAAACAUUUACAAAUUUGAUGAUCGCUUUCAGAUAAAGUAUAUAAUGCGUUGCAGAAAUUACAAUACAUGAAAAGGAAGAAUCUUUGUAUCAUAUUUGUAAGAAAUCUCUGACUUUCUUCAUGGAAUGCUCGUAAAAACUCAUGUACACAUAUUACAAUAUGUUCGUAUGUUGGUUUCAUACGAGGAAUAUAAAAGAUAGAAAAAAACACGUCGUGUAAAUCAACUUUAUUUUAUAUAUAUAUAAUAUAUAUAACACAAAUUUUGUGUACUGCUUCUAUUAUUAUAUAAUAAUAGAACUAGUCAGUUUUUUAGCUGCCACUGCACAAAAGGAACGAUUUAUGCAACUACUCGCAUAAAUAUGGUGGAUACAAUACGUAUGAUUGCUACAAAGUACAUAUCUCUCUCUCUCUCUCUUUUUUUUCGUCUCCCUUGAUCUCUAUAUGCCUUAUAAAUUAUUUCCUCCAAAUGAGCACAUCAAAACGUUAUUCUAUCUCUUACGCGCUAAGUUCCCGUUGUAUUGUCUAUAUUUACAGAUACAGAUGUAUAUAAUUGUCAUUAAGGCAAUUCGAGUUUCAAAGCAGGUACAAUAGAUGGAUGCAAAAUAUGUUUUUUUUUCUCCUUCUUUUUUUUCUUCCGGUAAUCAAACAACCAAGUAGUUUGUAGGACAUAUGCGUGUGACAAAGGGUAGAGCUUACGGUUUAAAAUUAUUAGUUGACCGGUUUUGCGCGCGGAAUGAGUAUGAAGUUUCACGUGUGCAGUCCAAUGCUAUUGUUUGAGCUUCGUUUUGAAACUCCUGUAACCUGCACCACAUUCGACUAUUACACAAUACAACUCUCCUCCUAUAAACUAUACAUAUAUACAUACAUAUACAUAUAUAUACAUAUACAUAUACUAUAUAUAUAUAUAUAUAUAUAUAUAGUUUGUGCAUGUGUGUGCGCGCGCAUAUAUAUGUAUAAUUUACAAUUAGAGCUUAUAUGAAUGCUGAAAUCAAUAAGUACGCAACCACUAAAUUUUAUAUUCCUCUUUGACUUGUGCUUUGGUUGUACAAUCAAGUCAAGU